GCACGCGUGAGCCAGCAUAGAUCAAAAAGCGAGGCUGAGCGGUCGCGCUACAGUCCUAUCAGCUGAUCCCAGCAGUUCACCAGAGUCGGCACGACCUUUGCACGCUAUGCGAUGCUGCCUGGUGCUUGCGCUGGCCAAUGCACUGCUGCCGCCGACAACACAUGUGCGCAGCAGACACUGGCUGUACGCCGAGCGCCGCGUCUGGCAGUCUCGCAAGCUCGGAUCGAUCGACGCGCUCCAACUCGCGACCGCUCCAAUUGACGACGCUGCCGCGGACGCCUGCACGAUCGCGGUGCGCGCCAUUGGUCUGAAUUACGCAGAUAUCUUCUCCGUGCUUGGUCUCUACAGCGCUGCCAACGAAGUGCUCGCGGCGGCGCCGACAAGCAGCGGCUUCGUGCCAGGGCUAGAAUUCGCGGGCGUCGUCGAGGACGCGGGCCCGGAGGCUCCGUACAAAAGCGGCGACCGCGUCUUCGGCUUCACGCGCUUCGGCGCCUACGCCGACCGCCUCACGCAGCGCGCGGCGUUCCUGAGGAAGAUCCCGGACGGCUGGUCCUUCGCCGAGGCCGCGUCAGUUAUGGUACAAGGGAUGACGGCUUACUACGGCCUCGUCGAGCUCGGUAACGCGAAAAAGGGCUCGCGCGUCCUCGUCGAAUCGGCUGCCGGUGGGGUCGGCCUGCAGACGCUCGAGAUCUGCGCAAAGCUCGGCUGCCGCGCCGCCGCGGUCGUCGGCUCGGAUGCGAAGGCGGACGUCGUGCGCGCGAGGCAUCCCGAAGUCAAGGACAUAAUCGUUCGGGAAUCCACGCCUGACGCCGCGUACCGUGCCGCGCUCGACUCAUUCGGCUUGAUCGACGUCGUCAUGGAGUCGCUGGGAGGCCCGUGGUUCGACGAGGGACUGUCGCGCCUCGCGCCUCGCGGCAGGCUGAUCCACUUUGGAGCGACGGCCGCCUACGGUGCGGCACGCGGCGGCCUGCUCAAGUGGCCGGGCCUUGUCGCGGCCUACUUGCGACGGCCACGCGUCGAUCCCGGGGAGCUGACGUCGACGAAUCGAGCGGUCUUUGGCUUCAAUUUAAUCUGGCUGACGGGUGAGGAAGAUUACUUGGCAGAGGUCCUCGACGGCAUGGCCGGCGUGCUCCUCGACCGGCCACCACUCGUCGGCCGGACCUUCGCCUUCGACGCGCUCCCCGACGCGCUCCGUCACCUGCAGAGCGGGUCCUCAACAGGAAAAGUCGUCGUUGUUGUAGAGUAGUUGUGUGUUUGACUUUACAAAA